CUGGCAAAUUUCUCAAGCACUCAACUCAACUCACUCAACACAAAAUCCUCGAGCACUCCAUGCAACUCAACUCAAAAAAAUCCCAACCGUCCAUCAGACCUUUGUAGAAUUGUCUGGACGUUCCACUCUACUACACGUAUUGGUUGCCUAAUGUCUUGCAGAUUGUGGCAAAGUUGGAGGCCCUAGCAUACAUCGAGGACAUCCGGAAGAGAGCAGACCUCCAGGAAAAUAAUGUUAUCAAGAUGCGCUAGCAGUUUGGAAAGGUUUCUUCAUCCAAGCAAGUGGUGUUGACUCGAAAACGAUGCAAAGCGCUGCAAACACACAGGACAGAAGAACAAGGCACCCUAGGGACAAGACAAUCCACAUUGCAUGAUUAGCACCAGCACUAUAGAAAAACAAUAUAAAGUGAGCAGCAAUGAACGCAGCAAAGGCGCUGACUGUCGAGAUUGCCAAGAAAAUACUUGAUACAAACACAACGUGCACUAUUUGUUGCGAACGAGUGCAGAACAGGGGCAGCACAGCACACAGCAUGACUGUGGCUAGUGCUGAGAACAGGGCAGCUGCAUUGAAGACGACAUAAACAUUCCCCCAUUUGCUGAG